CCCACCAACGAGCGAGCUAGCCAGCAAGGAAGUUAGUUGGUUAGUGCAUGAGUGACUGAACGUGUGUGUUGUGUGUGUUCCUCCUGCCACAUGUGCUUGAUCUCUCCCUCGUGGAGCUCUCGGAAGUUGGGGUCGUGUGUGAUAGAUUGCCUUCGCAAGUGACAUAGUUCCUGUUGUCCGGACGGCUUUGAAGCAUGCAGGGAAUGCAGGCUGCGCACCAGAUGCUGCAGUAUUCAUGGCCGUACUGCUCCACCCGUGAGCGUUCGAAUUUGCGAUGCCGUAAACAGCCCCGGUCUUUUGUGCAUGUGGCGGUGCUUGACUGAUUCCUCGGGUGGGGCAUGGAUAGUGUAAAGGUGCUUUCGUCGGUGGGCGGGUUUUAGGCUGUGUGCACCCAUGCGGGCAGGUUGGAUAAUGAGUGUGUUUCUCUCGUGAGGUGCAGGAGAAGCGAUUGGUUGUGAUGCAGUGCGAAGAAUUUGUGAUUUGGAGGUGUUAGUUUCGGUGCAGAAUGUGGAGGAGUUGUGCUAGAGGUUGUUGUAGCGAUGGUUGUCAUGUCUCCGAGUAGCAGAGAUGCCUGCGGAAGCUUGUAAACGAUUCUUUUUCUCUGUAAUCAUGGCUUGGAUCCUUGAAGUGUCAUGACUUGAGUUGUGCUGCGGAGGAAGGCAGAUUCAGACUUCGUAUCUUCCUUGUCGGUAACGUCUGCAUUCAGGUUUUCAGGAAUUUGUAGUGUCAAAUAAUCCGUACUGGUUGAGUCGGUAAGUGGAGUUCACCGCUAUGGCAGCUCCAGAUGAGGAGGCUCGGAUGCUGGCGACAGCGCAGCAUAUAGUGAGGGCUCUGGGAACGACGAACACUAGGACAGAUGACAUGCUGCAUAUUUUAUCCACGUUCUAUCAUCGGUUCUCGCGCAUGAAUGCGAAAGAGGAGGUCGGUCAGGAACCAUCAAGCUCAAAGAGUUCGGACGUUGAGUAUCCUUCUCCUGGAAGCAACCCACCAAGAACUCGGAGUUAUACCCGCGCAAGAGCUAACAACUUGGCAUUGGAUGAGGCGCAGAAUGUGAUAACGCAAUGGAAUAAUGGUUAUUCAGGCAGAAGCAGAUCUCUACAUUGUGGACAGAAGUGGAUUUUUGAGGGUUCCAAGAAAGACUCCGUACAAUUUCUGGACGCAGUAGAUGAGAUAAUAAGUCAAUUGAAUUCUAUGAAUGUUUGUAAACGAGACCCGGGGACUUUGGAACGAGCUCAAAACUUAUAUAACCUGGCCGUUGAAAGACUUAUCGAAGAGUUUCGAUAUAUGCUGGACAAGCACAGUAAAAGUAUAGCUUCGAAUUCGUUGUUGGUCUCUGGAGCGUCCGGGUACUUUAGAGCUCCUGUGAGUCAUGUCGUCGAUCCAGAGACAGAGAACUCUGACAGUGACAACGAUGAAGACGAGGAUGUUCCUGCAGCUCACCAAGUGGAUAAAAUUGAAACCAGGAUAGUUUUGGUUCCUCCGGCAGUGGCAGAAGACCUUGCCGACAUCGCGAAACGCUUGACUAGCGGGGACUUCCAAAGGGAGUGCGUAGAUAUAUAUGUGAGAAAAAGGAAGGACAUUCUAGAGAAAAGCUUGCAUGAACUGGGUGUAGAAAGAGUGACAAUUGACGAAGUGCAGAAGAUGCAGUGGGAGGUUCAGGAAACCAGGAUCAGGAGUUGGAAUCAUACUGUGACCGUGGGAGUGAAGGUGCUGUUCUCCAGUGAAAAGCAGCUUUGUGAUGAGGUAUUUCCGUUACCUUUGAGUGCAGACAUCUUCAACGGCAUCGGCAAAGCGGCGAUGAUGCAACUUCUCAGCUUUGGGGAUGCCAUAGCUAUUAGUCGACGGUCUCCUGAGAAGCUAGUUAGAGUUCUCGAUAUGUACGAAGUAUUACGAGACGUCCGUCCAGAAUUGGAUGCCAUGUUCGCUGGAGCAUCUGGUGCAAGUGUCAGGUCGGAGGCUGAAGAAAUUCUUUGCCGUUUAGGAGAAGCUGCAGUAGGUACCUUCGGUGAGUUUGAGAAUGCCAUUCUGAGAGAUGCUUCAAAGCUUCCUAAUCGUGACGGGGACGUGCAUAUACUCAACCGGUAUGUGAUGAACUACAUCAAAUUAUUGUCUGGUUAUACCGACACUCUGCAGCAACUUUUUGAGGAUAAAAAGCAGGUUUUAAAGCUGUCAGGGGAUGAUACCAAGUUGCCUGAGGACGUGGACGAUUUCAGUUUGGGCAGAGAAGAGAAUUCACCCUUGGGUGUCCAAAUCAUCUGUUUGAUCCAUAUUCUUCGGAACAAUUUAGAGGCGAAAUCCAAAAGCUACAAGGAUCCUGCAUUGAGCAUCUUCUUUUUGAUGAACAACGUGCAUUAUAUUCAUCAGAAGGUGAGAGAGCCUGAGAUUAUAACGUUGGUUGGAGAUGACUGGGUUAGACAACACUUGCGUGUGCUCCAUCACCUUGUCAUAAAUUACAUAAGGACUGCUUGGGGCAAGGUCUUGGAAUUUUUGAGGGAUGAAGGGCUUCAAAGUUCGGGUACGUCUAGCAGAGUUUCUUCUGCAGUUUUGAAGGACAGGUUUAAGAACUUCAACGCUGCUUUCGAUGAAGCUAUCCGCACGGAAUCGCAAUGGGUUUUGUUCAGCCGUGAUUUUCGUGAUGAAUUGAUUACACGCAUCGCCGAGUUGUUGGUUACAGCUUAUCGAGGUUUUGUUGGACGCUAUGGGAGAUACAUUGGUUCUGGUAGGCCCUCGCGAAAGUACAUCAAACAUAAUCCAGAUGAAAUAGAGGCUUAUGUUAAUAAUCUUUUUAGAGGGCACUCUGUUUAGAUAAAGCCUAGGAAAUCGUUAUCAAGUCAGUGAUUUCAGGCUGCUACCGACAAGUAGGGAUCCACGUCUUCCACGGAGCUAAAGGUGACAAUACCUUCGGAAGCCGAAGACCCAGCCUAGAAUUAUGAUUAUUGUUUAGCACGUUCAAAAUUCUUGUUACACUUCAAUUAGACCUCUGCCUAGACUACACUUUGAAGUCCACGAUAGAGGUGGACUGGGCUUCUAUUCAGUCUUCACAGUGAUUCAGUAUGUUGGGAAAGCUGAUAGUUUUUAUCAAGUUGCACCAGUCCUGUGCAGAGUGUUGAUGCAGGAGCAAAGCUUGUGCUAUUCGAUCGUUUCAACCAUCCGAAAAAGCAGAUGUAGAGAGUUACUUCGUAGUGCAUGUGUAAGAGGAUUCCUUUCUUCAUUGCAGUUAUGGUUGUUUGGAUGGUGGGAGUGCUCAGAUGCUGUAAUUCUCAUAUUCAGGGCAUGAAUCUUCUGUUAGUAUUGGUUACAGCCAGAAUGCUGUGUAUGUGGUGUGCGCAGUGGAUAAAGUGGUUUAAUUUAAUGACGAGAAUUCCCACAUUAGCCACUAA